AUUCUCAAAACUGAAAACCACCGUUCCACGACUGGGACUUUUCCUAUCCUCGGAAAGUGAAAGCGCUGUCCACCCUCACUCACACCCACACGCAGCCAUUUUUCCUAUUUUUAAUGCAUAUUAUUUUUUAGUUGUCUUGACACACAUAAAUAACAAAUAUAUACUGAAUAAAUAAAUAAAAUUCCUUUCUCUUUUGAAUAGAAAUCCCAUUCACUCGUCUUCGUCCAACCAAGCCAGCAGUUAAGUUUCGCGCACAAGAAUCGAAUCCAAGAGACAGAGUGUGUGAGAGAGAGAAAGAAGGAGAUGGAACCGCCGUCGGCGACGGGAGAUACCAACAAGAUAGCGGUGAGGUCGUCGAUUGUGGAGUCGAUUAGGGGAUGCGGCCUCUCCGGGAUGCGGAUUGACAAGGAAGACUUGAAGAAGCAACUUGCCAUGCCGCAGUACCUCCGCUUCGCAAUGCGUGACUCCAUCCGCCUCCAGGACCCUGCCGCCGGCGAGUCCCGCUACCUCUCCCGCACCAACGACGACGACUCCUCCCCUCCCUCUUCUCCCAUGGUCGUCUUUAUCAAUCCCAAAAGCGGUGGCCGCCACGGUCCCGCUCUCAAGGAGAGGCUCCAGCAACUCAUCAGCGACGAACAGGUUUUUGACUUAUCAGAUGUGAAGCCUCAUGAGUUUGUACGGUAUGGAUUGGGUUGCCUGGAGAUGUUGGCUGCUAUUGGUGAUACUUGUGCCAAAGAAACUCGUGAAAAAAUCAGGGUUUUGGUUGCUGGAGGUGAUGGUACUGUUGGCUGGGUAUUAGGAUGUCUCGUAGAACUUCGCAAUCAAGGUCGAGAGCCAGUUCCUCCCGUGGCUAUCGUACCUCUUGGUACAGGAAAUGACCUGUCUAGGAGUUUCCAUUGGGGUGGUUCAUUUCCUUUUGCUUGGAAAUCAGCUAUUAAAAGAACUCUGCUCAAAGCUAGUAUUGGACCAAUUCAUCGUUUGGAUAGUUGGCGAGUUUCACUUUCAAUGCCAGAUGGCACACCUAUGGACCCCCCACAUUCUUUGAAACAUACAGAAGAUUUUACUAUUGAUCAGGGCAUGGAAAUUGAGGGAGAACUGCCCGAGAAAAUGACAAGUUAUGAAGGCGUGUUCUACAAUUACUUCAGCAUAGGAAUGGAUGCCCAAGUGGCUUAUGGCUUCCAUCAUCUACGUAAUGAAAAACCUUACAUUGCAAGUGGUCCAAUAACAAACAAGAUCAUAUACUCUGGUUAUAGUUGCACCCAGGGCUGGUUCUUCACACCUUGCACAACUGAUCCAGGUUUAAGGGGUCUUAAAAACAUUCUGCGGAUGCAUAUCAGAAAGGUCAAUUGCUCAGAGUGGGAGCAGGUUCCAAUCCCUUCAAGUGUAAGAGCAAUAGUUGCACUAAAUCUUCAUAGCUAUGGAAGUGGAAGAGACCCAUGGGGUAAACUCAAACCAGAAUAUUUGGAAAAGAGAGGCUUUGUUGAAGCUGACGUUGCUGAUGGCCUUUUGGAAAUAUUUGGUUUAAAGCAAGGGUGGCAUGCAUCAUUUGUCAUGGUUGAAUUGAUCUCUGCAAAGCACAUUGCUCAGGCAGCAGCUAUUCGAUUGGAAGUAAGAGGUGGGGAGUGGAAGAAUUCCUAUAUGCAGAUGGAUGGAGAACCUUGGAAGCAGCCAUUGAGCAGGGACUUCUCAACAGUCGUGGAAAUAAAGAGAGAGCCUUUUCAGUCACUUAUGGUCAGUGGUGAGUAACUCUUUGAUGUUUUAAUGUUACACUGCGGCAAGGUUUCAUGCUAGGAUUGUGUAUAACCAUAGGUAUUGGCUUGGUUCUCCAUUACCCGGAAAAUGUAAAAUCGAUGUUGUAAAAAUCUUCCUCUUUGUUUCUUAAGAAAUUUAGUUUAUUCAUUAGUGGAGGAGAGUAGUUCUUUGGUAGUUUCCAUUGCUGGGAUUCAUGUAAGACGUGUUAUUAUGUGCAAAUCUUGGGCGAUAGCACGCCAUUAUCUUGGUAUGUAUCAAAAGAGUUCUUUGA